AUGUCGCGGUCGGAUUUCGACACGUACAAGCUUGGAGAUUGGGAUCUGCAGUCGGGCGAGAAGAUAGCCGACGCGCAUAUCGCCUACAAGACAUUUGGGGACCCCAAAUUACCCGCGAUCGUCUACCCCUCCUGGUUUUCAGGAGCGAUCUCUGACAAUUUCUGGCUGAUCGGAGAGGACAAAACCCUCAACCCGAACAGAUACUUCAUCAUCAUAACCGCCCUCUUCGGCAAUGGAGAAUCAUCCUCGCCCUCCAAUACGCUUGCGCCAGGCCCCUUUCCCAAAUGCUCAUUCUACGACAAUGUCCGGGCACAGUAUGAACUUGUCACAAAGCACUUGGGCAUAACACAUCUAUACGCUGUCCUUGGAUGGUCCAUGGGCGCUGCCCAGACAUUCCAGUGGAUUACCCAAUAUCCAGAUUUCGUGGAUGUCGCGAUCCCCUUCUGUGGUUCAGCAAAGACCUCAUUGCACAACCAAGUCUUCCUCGAAGGAGUCAAGAGCUCUCUCAUUGCGGUGAAGGAAUCCCCAUCUGCAGGCGUCGGGCAACUCGGCAUCAAGCUGGACUGCACGGACUCUAAAACUUGGACUGCUAGUCAAAAAGAAACUGGUCUCAAGGCCAUGGGAAGGGUGUAUGCAGGAUGGGGUUUCAGUCAGGCCUUCUACCGGCACAAGCUUUAUGAGACUGCCCUUGGAUACAAAGGACUGGAAGACUUUAUGCAGGGGUUCUGGGAAAAGUGGGCCUGCUCGAAAGAUCCCGCAAAUCUGUUGGUUAUGCUGGAUACCUGGGAGAAUGGCGAUGUGUCAACACAGGAACCUUAUAAUGGAGACUUUGAGAAAGCGAUGGGAUCGAUCAAAGCAAAGACCUUGGUCUUGCCUGGAAAGACAGACCUCUAUUUUCCACCAGAAGAUUCCGAAUAUGAGGUCAAGUGCAUGCAGCCUGGUGUAGGGAAGUUGGAUGUUAUACCGUCUAUUUGGGGACACUGGGCUGGAGGCCCUGGGGACAGCAAGGAAGAUGUCAAAUGGCUUGACCAGCAGCUUGCAGAUUUCUUUGCUGAACACACGGCCGGUCAGGUGUCUGGAUUAGCAGAAAAGAUCAAAGAGGCAUUGUAG